AGACAUGCUACGGGCAAAGCUCAGCAUGGAAACUUCCUGGUGGCCAUCAAGCAGGAGAAGGGAGAGUCGGCACGGACGAGCGGUGAGAAGCCGCACGGCGAGGAGGAGCCGGUGAAGAAGAGGGGCUGGCCCAAGGGCAAGAAGAGGAAGAAGAUCCUUCCCAAUGGCCCUAAAGCCCCUGUGACAGGCUACGUGCGUUUCCUGAAUGAGCGGCGCGAGCAGAUCCGCACGCAGCAUCCUGACCUGCCCUUCCCAGAGAUCACCAAGAUGCUGGGGGCUGAAUGGAGCAAGCUGCAGCUCUCAGAGAAGCAGCGGUACCUGGAUGAAGCGGAGCGGGAGAAGCAGCAGUACAUGAAGGAGCUGCGGGAAUACCAGCAGUCAGAGGCCUACAAGAUGUGCACGGAGAAGAUCCAGGAGAAAAAGAUCAAAAAAGGUGGGUUGUGGGAGCAGUGGCUGCCAGCAUCGCUGCCAGUAUCUGGCCAAGCUGGUGAGUGCGGUGACACCUUCUCCACCUUUGAUGUGCCCAUCUUCACAGAGGAGUUCUUGGACCAAAACAAAGCCCGGGAGGCUGAGCUGCGGCGCCUGCGGAAGAUGAACACAGAGUUUGAGGAGCAGAACGCUAUCCUGCAGAAGCACACAGAGAGCAUGAACUGUGCCAAGGAGAAGCUGGAGCAGGAGCUGGCCCAGGAGGAGAGGCAGACCCUGGCCUUACAGCAGCAGCUCCAGUCUGUGCGACAGGCCCUCACCGCCAGCUUUGCCUCCCUCCCCAUCCCUGGCACCGGGGAAACCCCCACGCUGAGCACUCUUGACUUCUACAUGGCCAAACUGCACAGCGCCAUUGAGAGCAACCCGCUGCAGCACGAGAAACUGGUGGUGCGCAUCAAGGAGAUCCUGUCCCGGAUAGCCAGGUGA